GUUAAACUGGGCCAAUAUGUCCUUGGCUGUGAGGAUGGUCGCCGCAAAAUUUAUCGGGCUCGUCUUUGAUUCGGAAAUCCUUCCCUCUGGAUCCAGGUUAUUCUUAUCCUCGAUCCAGGUUCCCUUGGCGAUCGGAUAAUCUUCACCUGCAAUUCGCACUUCAAAUUUGUUCUACAGAUUUAUCGAUCGUCUAUUGUCCAGCAGAUGAAACCAUGAAUGAAAUCAAGAGAUUCAGGGAUGGAUCAUAUGAUUAUUUCUCGAUCUUGCCCGAAUCAGUUGUUCUCCACAUCCUCUCAUUUCUUCCAUUCAAGGAUAUUGCCCGUACUUCUGUGCUGUCUAAGAUCUGGAAACACAUCUGGAUCAAUUGCCCUAACAUUGAUUUGCUCAUCCAUGACUACAGGUUCGCUUCAUCAAUCGUUCCACAUGUUUACUUAGGUCAUGCCGGACAAGCCUUGUGUCAAUGUCUGAAUCGAAAAGCUUGCAUCCAGAGAUUCCGGUUAUAUAUCUCUGCCAAAAGUACCAUAAAAGAUGCCAGCGUCCUGAAGUACUUAGAUUCUGCUGUGGAUAUUAUUUUUAGCGCUCUGUUUGAAAAGAAUGUUUCUGAGCUAGCAGUUGAGAUGCAUUUUGCUCAGGCUGUUCGGUUUUCCAUCCCGGAGAAAGUAGUUGUUGCUCAUUGUCUGAAGGUUUUAGAGGUUGUGGGAUGCAACCUUGAGGAAAGGGUUGCCUGCAUUGAUCUCCCAAAUCUGCAGAAGCUCAAAAUUCAUAAGUGCUGAUUCGCUGGUGAGGAUAUUUUGGCGCAGAUUCUACGUGGAUGCCCUGGCGUGGAGUCUGUGGAAGUUUCAUGUUGCUAUGGCGUGGGAAGUUUUCUCUCGGUUUCUUCUAAACCCAGAUUGAAAUAUUUCAGGAUAGAUGGUGGUUAUGGCUUGAAGAGGAUUGAGAUCUCUGUGCCGAGUCUUGAAACAUUAAAAUGUGAAUUACCACCAUGGCGACCAUGUGCCAUCGAGUUAGCCGGUUGUACCACCCUGAAAUUUCUAGAGAUUGUGGGAGUGAACCUAUCGAGCGAUUGUACUAUUCAGAGUGUUUUGGCUAACCUUAUCUGCAUUGAAGAAUUGAAAUUGCGGGACUGCGAAGGGGAUGAAAAAUUUCAAAUCUCAAGUUCAUGCCUCAAGAGGCUAAUAAUUAGUAUCGGCCGCUUUCCUGGAGCUGAAAUUGACACUCCAAAUCUACUCAGUCUGGACUUCAACUCUCCGUUUAGUUUUCAUCGGAGUAACCGGUUCAGUUUUUGGAAGGCUCCCAAGUUAGAAGACAUUGAAAUGGUAUUUGGUGCUGAACCCUUUCUGACUGCUUGCAGGGGUGGCUUGAAGGGGUUUCUUAUGCAAUUACCAAAUUAUGAAGAUUUGAAACUGCUCGUUGAAUUCCAGUAUAUGCGGAAACUCAUUAUGCACGAGAAAGUACACGCAGUUUCCUUUUCUUCCCUCAAUAAAUUAGUAAAAAAGAUGAAGCCAGAGUAUGUGGUCAUAUCGUCCAGAUUAGAUGAAACUUUCUCCGGUCACAUUCUGGGUUAUGCAAGAUUCUUUGAAAGCAUGACCAUGUCCUUAAUCUGCUCUUCCCCUGGAGCCCUAAAGGUGGCGCACAAGAAGCUAAAGAAAAGGCAUUUGAAUUUUGAUUUUCGGGCCAAUUCUAUUGAUCAUGAGAUAGAACAUGAAAAUGGCUCUGCUUGGGAAUCCUUCAUGAACACCCAUUUAAUUAGUCACUACACUGCAACAAUAAUAGUCACUGAAAAGCGUUUUGAGGAGUGGGUUUAACCUUAGCUUCGGAUUCAGCAAUAGCAGGUGUGGGAUGUAUGUAUGUGUAUGUAUGCUCAUGGUUAGUGUGGUAGGGUGUUGUGCAUUAAUUAAAUUUGUAGGAAAUAAGGAUGCAUAGAUUUUGGCUGAUAAACCCAGGUAUUUUAUUAGUUUAUUGUGAAAAUAAUUACAAUAAUUUUUCGAUAAUGUAAAUGAAAAGCUGUUGUACUG